AUGGAUCGUGCCCUCUCUACAUGGGUUAAUGAUCAGCUACACGGCAUCCUCGGAUUUGCCGAGUCCUCCGUCGUGGACUAUGUCAUCGCUUUGGCGCGGAAGAGCAAAGACGUGGGUUCGCUGACGCGAGCGCUGGCCGACCAGGACCUCCCGACCGGGCCGCAGACUACACAGUUCGCCAACCAGCUGUGGGCCAAGGUAGGCCGCGGCGGUUCCGCCACGGCCGCCACCACCAGCCGCUACGCCGAGGAGGAGCGGCGGCUGGCCCAGGUCAUGGCCAAGAACCAACAGUACAAGCUCGUGCUCGACGACGACGACGAGCAGGCCGGCGUCAAGGCCGAGAAAGGCGCCGGCGCCAAGCGCAAGGCCGACAGCAGCAGCAGCAAGAAGAAGAGCCUCAGAAAGAAGGUCAAACAGGAGAGCGACGACGAUGAAGGCGACAACGACGACAACGAGCCGGCCCGCAAAGAAGAAGCAGCCGGAGCUGAACGCGGCGGAGAGGGACUGCAGGAGAUCCGCGAGUUCGAGGAGCGGCUCAAGAAGCGGGACGAGCAGCGGACGAAGAAGAAGGCGCCCGGGUCGGCGGCGAGCCGCAAGGCCGAGGAGGAGGCCGAGCGGCGGCGCGCCAUGGACGAGGCCGAGCUGGACGAGGCGCGGCGGAUAUCGCGCAUCGAGUACCUCAAGAAGCGCGAGGAGCAGAAGAUGAAGGAGAUCGAGGACGACCUCAAGGACGAGCUCUACCUGUUCGGCGACGUCGAGCUCACCGCCGCCGAGAAGCGCGAGAUGGCCAAGAAGCGCAAGCUGCUCGAGCUGGCCAAGCAGCGCGUCACGCUGACCGACGAGAUCGACCACUACCUCCCGCCCGAGGCCUACGAGGACGAGCAGGGCCGGCUCGACCUCAAGAAGAAGAACGCCGUGCUCAACGCGCGCUACGUGAGCAAGGACGAGCAGGUCGUCGACGAGCAGAUCAACUGGGAGCAGCACCAGGCCAAGCACGCCCUCGCCCGAUUCGGCGCCAAGGACGCCAAGGCCAAGGCCAGCGCCGACGAGAAGCAGUACGACCUGGUGUUCGAGGACCAGAUCCAGUUCGUGCAGGCCGAAAUGAUGGCGGGCAAGAUCGACGAAGACGCGCCGCCGCCGGUCAAGAAGACCCUGGCCGAGACCCUGGCCGAGACGCGCAAGGCGCUGCCGGUCUACCCCUUCCGGGAGGACCUGCUCAAGGCCGUGCGCGAGCACCAGAUCCUGAUCAUCGUGGGCGAGACCGGCUCGGGCAAGACGACCCAGAUCCCGCAGUACCUGUACGAGGACGGCUACUGCGCGGGCGGGAAGAAGAUCGCCUGCACGCAGCCGCGGCGCGUGGCGGCGAUGUCGGUGGCCAAGCGCGUCGCCGACGAGAUCGGCACCAAGCUGGGCAACGAGGUGGGCUACUCGAUCCGAUUCGAGGACUGCACCUCCGACCGCACCGUGCUCAAGUACAUGACCGACGGCAUGCUUCUCAGGGAGUUUUUGUCGGAGCCGGAUCUGUCGGGGUACAACGUGAUCAUGAUCGACGAGGCGCACGAGCGCACGCUGCACACGGACAUCCUGUUCGGGCUGGUGAAGGACAUCGCCCGCUUCCGGCCCGACCUCAAGCUGCUCAUCUCGUCCGCGACGCUCGACGCGCAGAAGUUCUCGAGCUUCUUCGACGACGCGCCCAUCUACACGAUUCCCGGCCGCCGGUACAACGUCGACAUCUUCUACACCAAGGCGCCCGAGGCCGACUACCUCGACGCGUCGAUCGUGACCGUGCUGCAGAUCCACGUCACCCAGCCGCCGGGCGACAUCCUCGUGUUCCUCACGGGCCAGGAGGAGGUCGAGACGGCGGCCGAGGUGCUGGCGGUGCGCACGCGCGGGCUGGGGACGAAGAUCAAGGAGCUCAUCAUCUGCAAGAUCUACUCGACGCUGCCGUCGGACAUGCAGGUCAAGAUCUUCGAGCCGACGCCGCCGGGCGCGCGCAAGGUGGUGCUGGCCACCAACAUCGCCGAGACGUCGCUCACCAUCGACGGCAUCACCUACGUCAUCGACCCGGGCUUCUCCAAGCAGAAGAGCUACAACCCGCGCACGGGCAUGGAGUCCCUGAUCGUCACGCCCAUCUCCAAGGCCUCGGCCGAGCAGCGCGCCGGCCGCGCCGGCCGCACGGCGCCCGGCAAGUGCUUCCGGCUCUACACGGCGUGGGCCUUCCGGCACGAGCUCGACGAGAACACGAUACCGGAGAUCCAGCGGACCAACCUGGGCAACGUCGUGCUGCUGCUCAAGAGCCUCGGCAUCAACGACCUCAUCCACUUUGACUUCAUGGACCCGCCGCCGGCCGAGACGCUCAUCCGCGCGCUCGAGGAGCUCUACGCGCUCGGGGCGCUCAACGAGCGGGGCGAGCUCACCAAGCUCGGGCGGCGGAUGGCCGAGUUCCCGAUCGACCCGAUGAUGGCCAAGGCCAUUCUCGCGUCGGAGAAGUACGGGUGCAGCGAGGAGAUGCUCAGCAUCGUGGCCAUGCUCAACGUCAACAACUCGAUCUUCUACCGCCCCAAGGACAAGGCCGUCCACGCCGACAACGCGCGGGUCAACUUCAACAAGCCCCACGGGGACCACCUGACGCUGCUCAACGUGUACAACCAGUGGAAGGAGGCCAACCACUCGAUGCAGUGGUGCUUCGAGAACUUCAUCCAGUUCCGCAGCAUGAAGCGGGCGCGCGAUGUGCGCGACCAGCUCGAGGGCCUGCUCGAGCGGGUCGAGAUCGAGCAGACCUCGGCCGGCGACGACCACGUCGCCAUCUGCAAGGCCACCACGGCCGGCUUCUUCUACCACACGGCCCAGCUCCAGCGAUCGGGCGCCUAUCGCACCCUCAAGCACAAGCAGAGCGUCCAGAUCCACCCGUCGUCGGCCCUCUUCCAGCAGCUCCCGCGCUGGGUGCUCUACCACGAGCUCGUCUUCACCACCAAGGAGUUCAUGCGCCAGAUCAUCGAGAUCGAGCCCGAGUGGCUCGUCGAGAUCGCGCCCCACUACUACAAGCAGUCCGAGAUCAUGGACCAGGCCAAGCGCAAGAUGCCCAAGAAGGCCGGCAGCGCCGGCGGCUUCCAGAAAGCUGAGCCGUGCGAGCGGUGCGUGCGGUUGAACAUGGCCGACCAGUGCUUCUGGCCGACGCCCGCCAAGCGCGGUCGCCCGCCUCGCCACCCGCACCCGACGACGGCGCAGCCAACGGUACAGAUCCUGCCGGCGGCCCCUCUCGACGCCGGUGGUGGUGGUGCCGGCGACCAUGUCUACGCCGCCUCUGUACCACCACCGCAGCCGCGACCCCCGCCCGAGCCGGAAGCGGCGCCGAUGACGAGGCCGACGACGACGAAGAAGAGGCGACGACAUCAGGGCGGCGACGAACAGGGGCUCGCACUGGGUGAUGGUGCGGCGGCAGCUGCAGACCUGGGCAGCGCGACGACGGCCUUUUUGGUGAACACGAUCGUCGGGCUCAAGGCGGACAUGCGCGCGAUGACCGCCAAGAUGGAGAAGAAGCUGAAGAAGAAGAAGAAGAAGAAGAAGGAGAAGAAGAAGAAGAAGCAAGACAACAACAACAACAACAACGAUGUGGUGGUGGUCGAGUUGCAGCGACGCGUGGAGCAGCUCGAGGAGGACAACGUCCAGCUCCGCAUCCAGCUGGCGCACGUCGCCGCCUCUCGCUAUGGCGUAGCCGCCACCAAUGCAGGCGUUUUUGCUGCACCGCCGCCGCCGCCGCCGCCGCCGUCGUUCAGUUGCGCCCAGCAGCGGUUGAGGGUGGGAGAUAACGGUCAACCGGGUCCAGAGAUGCUCUGGUGCUUCCCCUUCCUCCAACACUACGACAUCCCGGCGGACCGCUUCGUUGUCGAUGACAUCCAAAAGGCGAUCGUGGUUAUGGCGCAUCCGCAGGGCACAGAGAGACACAUCGCGUUCGCAAACCACCAGUUCUGCGGCAUUGUGGGAUUCUCCAUGGUCGAGCUUCUCGGCAGCCAGAUCUUGGGUGUCUCGUCGCUGCACGAAAAGCACAAGCUCCACCAUGCAUUGCAGACCAGAGGGCAGAUGGGGUACAGCGAGAGCACCCCGUGCUUCCUCCAGCUCGAAUGCAAGGGGACCCACUUCGCCAAGGUCGCGUCACGCGCUCAGUUCUUCUUUGGCGCCGACGCCCAGCUUCGGUACUCUGUGCUGUGCGUCGAUCAAGUGCUGGGAGUGGAUCUCGUGUCUUUCACAAUCGAAGAGGCACGCAAGAAGGAGGAGGCGGAGUGGGCGCUGGUGUCUAGCAGUGCGGCGCGCGACCGCAAUGACGACGGCACCUCUUCAUCGCUCACCCCGCCCUCCGCGUCGCCUGCAGCUGGCGAGGGCUUGUGCGACGAGGACGACUACUCCUUCGGCGACUUCAUCUCAUCACCAUCAGCGAUCUGGGCUGUGCCCGAGACUAUGCCACCAAACCGCCAAACAUAA